AGACUUUGCGAUAACCUCUGCAUCACCUACGUCGAGCCAGACUUAGAGAACCCUACACCGCUGAAUACACAGCAUGGCGGAAUUCGCACCUCCACAGGGCCCUCCUCCGCCAAAGGUGCCCGAAGGCUGGAAAGCCGUCUGGAACACACAGUACAGCGAAUGGUUCUACGUAAACAUCUAUACGAAACAGUCACAAUGGGAAAAACCAACUGAGCCCGUUUAUCCUCCUGGCGAAGCACCCCCUCCUGGCCCCCCUCCAGGUGCCCCUCCUAACCAAGCUGCAUCUCCAGUCGGUGAAGCGGUAGGUGGUGUCCCUGCAGGCGGCAGCGAAAAGGGCGCUCUUGGCAGUAACAAUCCAUAUGCGAAUAUUGAUGAGGACGAGAAACUCGCAAGGAAACUUCAAGAAGAGGAAGAAUCGCGCGCCCGCGGAGCCUCGAAUGAUUAUUACAACCAGCCGGUCCAGAGCCAACCGCCACAGUACGGUGGCUAUGGCCAGCCAAGUCCAAGCCCGUUUCCACAGGCGCAGCAGCAGGAUAGUUAUGGCCAGGAAAGGGGAAGCAAGGGGAAGGGCUUCCUAGGCAAGAUUUUUGGAAAGUCCAAUGGCUCGUCACACUCGCCGUCCCCACAAGGCUACCAGCAACAGCAGUAUGGCUAUGGACAGCCAGCCUAUGGCCAGCAAGGCUACGGCCAACCUGUUGGAGGAUACUACGGUGGAGGUGGAGGCUAUGGGCGACCGAUGGGUGGCGGCAUGCCUAUGGGUGGGGGCAUGGGUGGCAGACGUCCCGGUGGAAGUGGUAUGGGCGGUAUGGCUCUUGGAGCCGGAGGUGGCCUGCUAGCUGGUGGUCUCAUAGGCUCAGCACUGGCAGGUGACCACGGCGAUACCUAUGUCGAGAACAAUUAUGGUGACGAUGGCGGUGACAUGGGUGGUGAUAUGGGUGGUGAUAUGGGCGGCGAUAUGGGCGGGGACUUCUAAGCCCUGUUACGAGGAUUCGGGUUCUCUCUUUCCUUUGUCCGCAUGUAGAUACCUAACCAACUUUACAUAUGAUUCUGUAGUAAUGUAUUUGCUCUCCUUGGAGAA